AUGGAUGUCAUCGGUCCGAUAGAGCCAGCCGCUUCCAAUGGACAUAGAUUUAUUUUGGUUGCAACUGACAACUUCACCAAGUGGGUGGAAGAAGCUGCGUACAAGUCAGUGACCAAGAAAGUUGUAGCUGAUUUUUUUUGGAACAAUCUGAUAUGCAGUUCAGAGUACCAGAGUCCACCAUUACUGAUAAUGGCUGCCAACAAGAACAUCAAGAAGAUUUUGAGGAAAUUGAUUGACAAUCACCGAGGUUGGCAUGAGAUGUUGCCAUAUGCUUUGUUUGGUUAUCAAAAAACCAUCAAAAAAUUGAUUGGAUCCACUCCAUACUUGCUAGUGUAUGGUACAGAAGAAGUCAUACCUGUUGAAGUUGAGAUACCUUCCCUAAGAAUCAUCCAAGAAGCUGAUCCGAGUAAUGUUGAAUGGGUCAAAAAGCGGAUUGAUCAAUUUACUUUGAUUGACGAGAGGAGAAUGGUUGUAAUUUUUCAUGGUUACCUAUAUUGA